GCCGCCUCAGUUGCGAACUUCACGCUCAUGUGUCUUCGGUUGACGCAUUUCAAAUUGGGGGAUACGCUGUACAGGUUGCUGCUGCUGUCGGCUGGCAGACAGGAGGUGCAAGGCAACCGCACUUUCAGCACACCCACGCUUCGUUACCUUGCUGGCUUCUUUGAUGGUGAUGGGCAUGUCGGUAGUGCAUCGGAUUCGCGUGGCGCGUUUUUAGAGGUCUCACAGUCUUUCGACAAGUCUGCAAUUCUAAUGCGUUUUCGCGAGACGUUCGGUGGCAGCAUCAAACUUUCAGCACAGGGGCUCGGCUUACGAAAGCCAAUGCUUGCCUGGUGCAUACAUGGCACGGCAGCACGCAGCGCAGCUCAGUGCCUGGCAGUGCACAGCAUAGGCAAGGGAAAACAACUCGAUCUGGCGGGUGCUUGGCCAACGGAGAAGUCCCGCCGGGCGGACUUUAAGGCACAGUUGCACAAGCUCAAGCAGCAUGAUUCAGCGCUGGUCAGGAGAUGCAGUUGGGAAUACUGUGCAGGGCUAUUUGAUGCCGACGGCCAUAUUCGGCAAAACUUAGAUACGACAAGCUUUGACCUGCACCUUCACCAAAAGUUUGACACAAUCUUGCAGUGCGUUCAGUCUUUCUUGGGAAGCAGCCUAGGCCUGGAUGCAAGCUUGCGAAAAUCAGACAAGCAACAAAUAUUUUCGCUGUCCAUAUUCGGCAGAAGCAAUUGCAGACAGGUCUUAGGAGCAAUGCUGCAUGCAGGACUGCUUGGCAAAGCAGACCAGGCAAGGCUGGCCAUUGGGCUAACGCGGGAGAAUGCCACACAGGUGCGGGAACAGCUUGGAAAGAUGACAGGGAACCAGCGGUUUGGAAAGAGACUGGAUGAGGCCGGGCUGCAGAGGGCGCAGAGGAUCCAAGCUCUGCAGAAGCAAGCUGCCAAUUGGAAGCGCAAAGGAAAGCCACAUGAUGCAGAGGCCAUUCUUGUGCAGGUCGAGGUACUGAAGAGUCAGCACCAGCUGCUGAACGCACGACAUGAGAACUGGCAAUUGCUUUGGUACUAUGAGAUGAUCAAAGGGCAUUCAUACCUGGCCGGCUAUUCCAUGGUGAUCAACCAG